AAUGAGCGGAUUAGAAGAUAUUCCUGAAUUUUAUGAUGAUCCAUAACAACCAACAAAAUAGGACAUAUAGUAAGAGCAAAUAUUGAGAAUCGUAGAAAAUAUGACAAUUAUAAUGUCUCAUAAUUCAAAAACUUUGGACUUAAAGAGGAACUCUUACGAGCCGUAAAAGAAGCCGGGUUCGAGCAUCCCACUAGAGGUAAUUAUGAUAAUUUUAUAUAUCUUUAGUCCAAGCAGAAUCGUUGACAAAUGCAUUAUAAGGAGAACAAUUGAUAUGCCAAGCAAAAGCAGGAACAGGAAAGACAGCUGUAUUUGUUUUGACUGUACUAAAUACCAUCAACACUGAAAGUAACAAAGUUGAAUGUCUUGUAAUUACUCACACAAGAGAGUUAGCCCAAUAAGUAAGUCAUGUUUAAAUAUUAAAGGCUCGUGAUGAAUUUUUAAGAUUGGGAAAGUUUAUGAAAAGUAUUAAAGUAGAAUGUUUUUAUGGAGGAGGAGAACCAGUGACUGUAAAUAUUUCAACAAUUGAAACAGUCAAACCUUAAAUAGUAGUUGGGUAAACUUGUAAUUUAAUUUGUAGUACACCAGGACGUCUUAAGGAUUUGAUUUGUGAGAGGAAAGCUUUGAAAGUAGAUAGAUUAAAGUACUUUAUAUUGGAUGAAGCCGAUACUAUGAUUGAAGAUUUGAACAUGAGGUGCUGAUUUUUGGAAAUAAUAUUUUUAGAAAGGACAUAUAAGAUAUCUUCUUACGUACACCACAAGACAAAUAAUUUAUGGCAUUUAGUGCAACAUUUACUGAUUCAAGUAGAACAUCACUCAAAAAAUUUAUAGCUGAUAAUAAACAUGUAAAUUAUUAUGGCAUUAAAAGAUUUAUGAAAUUACAAUCAAACCAGAAUAACUCUAUUUGGAUAAAUUGAAAUAAUAUUACAUGAAAGUACCUGAAACUCUUAAAUUCCAUUAUUUAAGAUAAAUAUUAAAUACAUGCAAAUUAAAUUAAUGCAUCAUUUUUGUUAAGAGUUCAGAAAAGGCUGAUGCAUUAGUUGCAGAACUAAAAAAGAAAGGAGAAGAUUCAGUCAGAUAACUCUAUGGUGGCAAUAGAUUAGGACCAGAUCAUUAAAAAAUGAGAUAGAAAACAUAUGAAUAAUUUAGAAAUGGACAUUUCCGAUUGUUGGUAGCAACCAAUUUAAUGGGAAGAGGUAUUGAUAUUGAUAAGGUUAAUUAUGUUAUCAAUUUUGAUAUGCCUGACUCUUUGGAAACCUAUUUACAUAGAGUAAUCUUUUUAGAUAAAUUAUUAGGUAGGAAGAGCUGGAAGAUAAGAGACUAAUGGAGUUGCAAUCUCUUUUGUUAGAUUAGACGAAGAGGCAUAAGAUAAUAAAAAACAAACAGAUGAUGAAGUAAUUUGUUAUAUUUAUUAUUUUAUUAGGUUUUAUAAUAGAUCCUUAAAUAGUAUCCAGAUAAAUUAUUGUAAUUACCUUAGGAUUUAUCUUCAUUGGACAAGUUCUGAA